AUGUCGCACGGCGCACAAGAUGCGCCAGAUGUUUCACAGGUGGUCGCACAGCUCGCAAAGGCCAUUUCUGGUCUGCAGAUAUGCCGAUUCUCCAACGCAGCCGCUGCUGCCAUCUACAUCUGGGGGAUCUUCACCUCGCUCGAUGAUGAGGUGAAGUACUUCUGGUCGUCGUUCAGGUGGACGCUCCCGAACAUACUCUACAUUCUAAAUCGCUAUAUCUGCGUCUGGUUCUUCCUCAUUCUCAUGUAUGUACCAAAGCUGCUCGUCUUUGGCCCUGUUCCACAAACGGUAUAUGAAUUGUUCCUCACUAUUCUGACCGUGAUCAAGACAUGUCAAUUUGUGACAAUUUCGAGGCAUAAUUUGCCGCCUUUAAUUCACAUCAUGGCACGAGACGGUGUUCUUUACUUCCUCAUGGCGUCGUGCAUCAGCAUAGGCAACGUCCUUUGUUGGCAGUUCCUACCUCCCCAGCUUACCAACGUGGUUCUGUAUCUUUGGUGGGCUAUCAUGUCAACUUUGACAUCCUACCUGACGCUCAACCUACGCAAAGUAUAUCAAGGUAAACCUCAAACAUUUACCAGGACCACGAUGGUCACAGGCGGCACGAAUGCGAAUAUUACCUUCACAAAUGCACAAGACAACAUGCACGGUCAUACACUCACUCAGGACGUCGGAAAUAAAUCCAGCGAGGAAAAGAUUAAUCUCACUUUGAGAGGCUCACGGUUUAUCAUGGGCGAGGGCGAGUUCGAGGUGGACUUGCAUCCAGAGAAUUUGCGAUCGGCUGGCAUGCCUCAGACCAACCUGCAUCAAAGACACUUCUCAGCCGUUCAAAGCCUUCAAGGAGCAGCAUCGCAAAGGGAGACCGAUAUUGAAGCCCCCUCUCCUGUACCCAUGAUCCCAUUGGCAGACUUAACGGGGCGUGGUCAACGGCCCCAAAUCAUGUAG